AGGUUCAUCAAUUCUAUCCACUGGUUGAAAUCAAUUGUUCUGAAGACUUACGAUUAUUUCUAUGCAGUAUGUAUACACCGAUUUGUUUACCAAAUUGGCAUUAUCGACUAACUGCAUGCAAGUCGCUAUGUGAAAGUGCUCGUGAUGGCUGUAUGCCAGUUAUGCGAACUUAUGGAUUUGGAUGGCCAGAAAGAAUGAAUUGUGAUCUUCUUCCAGAAGGGAAUGAAUGUGUAAGUCGAAGUAAUACACCGAAUAGUAAGAAGACUACAACAAUCUCUGGAUCGUCAUCCUCCUCUUCAUCAUCAUCAUUAUCUGGUGAAGAAAGUGAUAACAAUAAAGAUGACAGUCGUGUUAGAGGUAGUGGAACUAGUGGGAAGUCAUCCAGUCAUGAUAUAUUAUCAUUAAUGCAAGAAUUUAAUUCCCAUAAUCGAUUAAAUAGUAAUACAAAUAAGCCACAUUUUAAAACACAAAUUAAUUAUAAAGAUUUUCAUAAGAAUUAUAGUUUUCCAAAUGUUUCACCAACAGAAAUUAUCAAUCAAUUACAAGAACACUUGACAAGCAGCCUAACUGAUAGUCAUUCAAAGCAAGGAAGUAAAAAAUCUUCGAAUAAAAAUGAUGAAAUUGCUGAAAAUAAUAAUUCAAAACAUUCGAAACAGCAAUAUAAACAUUUCGGUCCAGUGAUUUGUCUACCGUGUAGAUGUCGUGAUCCAUUUGUCGCAUGGAUGAAACCACCGUUCAAUGAAGUCGUCACUGGUGGGAUAUCUGGAUGUCUACCAUCCUGUCAUAGUCCAACAUUUGCUAAUCAAUCAGAUAAAACAUUUGCAACAUUUUGGCUUGGUCUGUGGGCUGUUUUAUGCAUUCUGUCAACCCUGGCUACUGUAGCUACAUUUCUUGCUGAUCCUGGCCGUUUCCAAUAUCCAGAACGUCCAAUUAUUUAUCUGUCAGCUUGUUAUUUUAUGAUUGCACUUGGUUAUUUAAUACGUGUUGGUAUGGGUCAUGAAAAAAUUGCUUGUGAUGGACCAGUUCUUAGAAUUGGUACAACUGGACCGGCUCAAUGUAGUAUUGUCUUUCUGUUGACUUAUGUUUUUGGUAUGGCAUCUUCUGUCUGGUGGGUGAUACUUACUCUGACAUGGUUUCUUGCUGCUGGAUUAAAAUGGGGCACAGAAGCUAUUGCUAAGUACUCUCAAAUUUAUCACUUUUUCGCCUGGUUUUUUCCUGGUGCACAAGCCAUUUUUGUUCUAAUCUUAUCGGCAGUUGACGGAGAUCCUGUUGGUGGCUUAUGCACUGUUGGUUCAACAAAUUUAGCCUACCUGCGUAUAUUUGUAUUGGCGCCAAUGUGUAUUUAUUUAGGCCUUGGAACUGUAUUCCUAUUGGCUGGUUUUGUAGCCUUAUUUAAAAUUCGCAGUGAAAUUAAACUACAAGCAAGAGGUCAUUUAAAAACGGAUAAGUUAGAAAAAUUAAUGAUACGUAUCGGAAUAUUUGGUGUAUUGUAUACAGUUCCAGCGACAGUUGUCAUUGCUUGCCAUUGCUAUGAAUUAUAUAAUCGUGAUGCAUGGAAUAGAGCUCACAAUUGCCCCUGUGCUCCAUUACCGUAUAUCAAAGAUAUAUCACAAGAAAGUGUUCUGGAGAAGUUGAAAACUCUAUUAGCCAACAAUUACUACCAUUCAUCUCCAAAUGGAGAUAAACUGAUGGAUAGGAAGGAUGGUUUUACGCUGCAUUUAAAUCCUCCAGCCCAUGCAGUUGGUCAACCUGAGUAUGCAGUAUUCAUGCUAAAGUAUUUCAUGUCUUUAGUUGUUGGAAUCACCUCUGGAUUUUGGAUAUGGUCGAGUAAAACAGUUGAUUCAUGGCAAUCAUGUCUAAGACGCGCUUUUAAUCGAUCUUAUUCAACAAGUACUAAAAGAAAUCAAACUGGAUCAGUGGCGAUACUAAGUCAUACUGGAGCACUGCUACCCAACCGUUCUCCACCACCGAAUCCAGGUACAAUUGGAUGGAAUACUGGUCAGUCAAAAGUUUGGCUGGGCAGUAACAGUAAUCCUAAGCUUUCUGGUGGGCCAACUGUUGGAGGUGUGAAUAGCUGUACAACAUGGCAAGAUGAUUACAUGUCCAGUAAUAAUAAUAAUAACCGUCUACUUCCUCAACCACCUCAAGUAGCAGCCAGUUUAGCCUGCAAUCAUUCUGUAGUGAAUCAUAUGACUCAUACAAUGCCUAUUAUACCAGGUGGAUCAGUGAUUGGCACACCGGGAAUUUCACUUUCAGGCUUACAUGGUAACUCUGGGUCAUUUACUAGUGGUCCAUUGGAAGGUACUGCUAUCAGUGCAGGCAGUACAACAAACUUACCGAUUCAACAGCAACAACAACAGCACGCUGGUCGUAAAAUCGAGGGGAAUAGUAUGUUUAUCAUGUCCUCAGUACCAAUGACACAUAUCUAACUAAACAAUUAAUGACAAAUACACAAUUAAUUAUAAAUACACACACCAUUAAAAGGUCGAUUGUCUCUAAAAAAUGGCCUUCCAUUAUAAACGAUUAGUCCACUAUCUAGUUGAAUAUUUUUAAUCCCGGUUUAUUAUUUUAAAAAGUCCUAAGAACAUGUCGACAAAAACAUAAUCAAUACUUGUUUAGUUAUCUUUCAAGUUGAACCCUUAUACUCUCACUUAACUGAAUGAGACAAUCCUCAAAAAUAUAUUCAUAUUUGUAAUUUCAUUAUUCUGCAUUUUCAUUUUAUUAUCAAUAUUAUUCUGUUGUCUUUAUAUCUGUACUAGUUGUAACAAGCCAUCAUCCUUUCUAAACAGGAUUGUUUUAAUAAAGAAAAAUUCAAUUCAGCCACCAAAACUUCUCUGAAUAUCUUUAAAAAACACUUAAUACAUUAAAACAAAACUUCGCGGAUUUUGUAUUUAUCCAUUGAACAAGUUAAUCAAUGAAUGAAUAAAUGAAUCGAUCAAUCAUAGCAUUUCAGGCAGCGAUAAAUGCUAAAUUGUAAUUAUAUUUUAUUGUUUUUGGUUCAAAAUAAUAUAUAAGACAUUGUCAACUUUUCUUUCUCUUUUCUUCUUCUAUGCGUUACAAUCACUAACUAUUUACUAAUUGUUAUUGGUAAAAGUUAGUAGCACGAAUAUCUGAACAUUUUACUCAUUUCUGAACACUAUGGAUUCAAUUGGAAUAUUGAAUGUUGAACAUUGAAUCGCUUACUAUAAUUUGAUUUGUACAUAAGUUGACGCGAAAAUGGAUAAUUGUUUUUUUUGUGCAUGCUAAUAAUUAUAAUCAGUUAUUUACAGUACAACAGCUCAAAAUGGUGCCUUUUAUAUCAGAUCUACUAAGGUCUGUUUGACGUAUAAAACUAUACUACUAGGAUUUAAUUUAUCUGGGUAAUUUUUAACUGAAAUAAUAUACGUAUACAUAUAUACAUACUACUUAUUACGUGAGUAAUCUUUUUGUGCAUUUUCUCGUGUACUUAAUAACAUAAUCACUUAUAUAUAUAUAUAUAUAUAUAUAUAUAUAUAUAUAUAUAUAUAUUGACUUCAUAAAUCUGUACAUAUUUAUUUGAAAGUAUCUUUAUUUAUGUCGUGAACGCUUUAUAUAUUACUGAAUUCAUAGACAAAUAAAUUUUCUUAUAUUA